AUGAAAGGAGUAAUAAUCGCCAGCGCCAAUGCUCCCUGGCAAGUCGUCGAUGAUCUCGAGAAACCCGUUCCGGGCAAACAUCAGAUCUUAGUCAAAUCACUGAUUACGGGUAUUAAUCCUUUGGACAACCUUAUGCGCACAACUGGUCUCCUAAUUCCGAGCUAUCCUAUGGUUCUUGGUUGUGAUGCUUCUGGUGUUGUUGUGGAGACGGGUUCAGAAGUCUCGAAAUUUAGAGUCGGAGAUGCCGUUUUUGGAUGUACGAGGCCUGGAGUCGUGGGCUGUGGUACUUUUCAGGAAUUUCAUUUAAUGGAUGAGAAAUUGGCGUUUAAAAGGCCGGAGAAUGUUUCGCUCGAAGAAGCUGCCACGAUUGGAGCGGGGCUAUUGACAGCUGCAAUAUCUCUGGAUCAGGGAAACGAUAUCAUGUAUCCUGCCUCCCGAGAAAAUCAACCAGAAUGGUUUAUUGUGCUAGGAGGUGCAUCGAAUGUUGGGCAAUACGGUAUCAAGCUUGCAAAAUUAUCUGGAUACCAAGUCCUCGCUUCGUGCUCAGACUCUAGUGUUGAUGUUGCCAAAUCUGCCGGAGCAGAUGCGACCUUUGACUAUAAACAACCCAUCGAAAAUCAGCUACCUGAGAUCGAGUCUAUUACAUCAGGAGAUUUCGCAGGCAUAUUCGAUGCUUCAGCUGCCAGUUCUGUCGUAGCCCUAGCAGCUUUGAAUACCAAGUCAACGGCUAAAACACAAAAGAAAACUUUCUCAACUACAAAUAACUGGGAUCCAAUCGAAGAACAAAAGGAAAUCAGCAUCUACCAGGUCAACCUCGCUCUGAUUGGCAAUUACGGAGAACCAGCAGGAGACGCCCUAAACCACGCUGUAGAAAAGCUAAUCCCGAGACUCGAAAGUCUCCUCUGGAAAGAAUUACUAGAGCCAAAUGAAGGGGAAAUAGUAGCAACAGGUUUUGCGGGGGUGAGCUUUGGCGUUGAUCUUCUGACUAAAAAUGGCAUUAGAGGAAAAAAGGUUCUGGUGAAGUUGCAGGAUUUGUAA